AUGGCUGCCCCGGACGACGAGUUCGCUCUCAAGUGGGCAAAGGAGGACUACGUUCGUGAGCAGGUCCGCCGCCAAUGCCGGGCGUACGCGAAGCUCCAGGCCCGGCGCCGCGGGCGCCAGGAGCGCGACGUCAUCGUCCUCGACAGCGAUGAGGAGGACGAGGCCGGGCCGUCCAGCGCGCCACCGCGCCUCGCCGACCUUCGCCAGGGCUACAGCAACGACAGCGGGCCCGCAUGCCAGCAGCACAACGAGAGUCCCAAGUGCACGUGUGCACGUGCUCACCAUACACAAGCACACACACGCUCGCGCACGCACCAGUCACGAGUGGCGGGAGCGGAAGCCAUGCCUCCCCUCCUCCUCCCGGCCUCGCCGUCGUUAUCGCUACACGUCGCCGGUGCCGCUGCGUCGUCCUCCCGCCGCGCCAUGGUCGCUGUGGCGUCCGCGGCGUCCAGGAGCUCGUCGCCGUCCUCGUUCGACGCGUCGGCCUUCGAGGCCGAGCGGCUCCGCCUCGACGCCGAAGCGCGGGCCUCGAUGGUGUUAGACUGGGCGCAGGCGGAGGCGGACCCUAGGGCGUGGAAGUGGAAGAUACGAAAGCGGGUGUGGGACGUGCUCGAGGCCGAGAGCGUCGCGCGCAACCCGCGCCCCGUCCACCACCGCAUCCCCAACUUCGAUGGCGCCGCCGCCGCCGCCGAUUCGUUAGGGAGGUUGGACGUGUUUCAGAAUGCACAAUGCGUGAAGGUCAAUCCGGAUUCGCCGCAGAAGCAAGUUCGAUUCUUAACACUCUCAGGCGAUAAGAAACUUCUGACACCGCAACCACGGCUCAGGACGGGGUUCUUCUCCGCUCUAGAAUCUCAGAUGAUACCCACUGGAUGCAUUCCUGAAGCAUGCACUUCUGUUGGCGCAGCCAAAUAUGGAAGGCCGAUAGGUCUAGAUGAAGUGAUUAAAGUGGAUCUGAUUGUGAUUGGGUCGGUUGCAGUUGAUCCAAGCACGGGAGCACGACUAGGGAAGGGUGAGGGAUUUGCAGAGCUGGAAUAUGGGAUGCUUCGUUAUAUGGGAGCUAUAGAUGAUUCGACCAUGGUAGUAACAACUGUACAUGACAAGCAAUUAGUGGAUGACAUUCCAGUUGAAAAGCUGCUAAUUCAUGAUGUACCGGUUGAUAUUAUCUGCACCCCAACUCAGGUCAUCUUAACAAAUACUGCAAUCCCAAAGCCACAAGGGAUUUACUGGGAAAAACUAUCUCCCGAAAAGUUGGGCCAAAUUCGAAUUCUAAGAGAGCUGAAGAGACGCAUAGAGCAAGAGACAGGAACAAUACUUCCUUGUGGGCCAUCUGAGAAUCUACCACCAACAGCUCAGCGAAGAAGAAGAAGAGGGCGGUAACUACGUGUGUUCGCGUUGGUACAGUCAAAGCGCACAUGUGUCCCGGCGCUGAUGCGGCAUUACGUGAUUGGCUCUUGCGUCUUUUGUACUUCACUACGAGAGUU